GGCUGUGAUUUGGUCAUCACCUCUGUGCUGCGGUGCAGCCUGUGCAGUGCGCGCUCCUCCGCUCCUCCUUUCUGUAGUACACAGCGGGACACUCCGCAGUUCGCUCAUCCCGCUCCUUCCCCUUGCCGGCUUUUUACGCGCUCGACGUCUCUGCAUUGACAGCGCUUCAACGAGCCAGUCUUCUUCUGAGCUUUUUAGGAGGUGGAAAGGCGCAGGACUCAGCGUUCCGAUGGCGAAGCGGUCCAUGUGGUCGUUUUAAGAGAAGGAUUAAAACCUUUUUUUUUUUUUUGUUCUCCUUCCAUUUUCUCUCGCUCUCUUUCUGUUGUUUUUCUUUUCUACACUAAUUUUCCACAUAAUGUGGAGCGCGCGUUGUGUGCGCGGAGUUCUCCCCUCAGUCGUAGCCACCUAACUGAAGGGGAAUCCCGGCUCGGUUUUUCCAUCUCUGGUCCCCUAGGAUAACGAGGAGUUUGCAUGAGAAGGCUGGUUCACAGCGGCAAGCCAUGGAAGGACUUGCCUAAAGAGGAUCCAACAUAAGUCAAAAGGUUCAUACUUUUUUCCUGGCUUUCUUCUUCGCCUGUUCAUCCUGGUAACAUCUACAAGAAGUUUCCUGUUCCAUUAUCAUGGCUGAAAAGCUUGGACCAGUGGGGCCAAAACCCAACAACGUCCGAACUGCACCAUCAAUGCCCCCCGAGCCUAUCGAGAUUAUCCGUACCAAAGCCAGAUUGCGGAGGGUCCGCCUUAACGUCGGAGGUCUGAACCAUGAGGUCUUGUGGCGGACCCUGGAUCGCCUGCCCAGGACCCGGCUUGGCAAGCUCCGGGACUGCAACACCCAUGAGUCCCUCAUGGAGAUCUGCGAUGACUACAGCCUGAAUGAGAAUGAGUACUUCUUCGACCGGCACCCGGGAGCCUUCACCUCCAUCCUGAACUUCUAUCGCACGGGCAAGCUGCACAUGAUGGAGGAGAUGUGUGCCCUCUCGUUUGGCCAGGAGCUGGACUACUGGGGAAUUGAUGAGAUCUACCUGGAGUCCUGCUGCCAGGCCCGCUACCACCAGAAAAAAGAGCAGAUGAACGAGGAGCUGCGGAGGGAGGCUGAGACCAUGAGAGAGAGGGAGGGAGAGGGAGAGUUCGAUAACACCUGCUGCCCGGACAAGAGGAGGAAACUGUGGGAUCUCCUGGAGAAGCCCAGCUCCUCCGUGGCUGCCAAGAUUCUCGCCAUCAUAUCAAUCCUUUUUAUCGUCCUGUCUACCAUCGCCUUGUCUCUUAACACCUUACCAGAACUUCAGGUCAAAGAUGAGUUUGAUCACCCUAAUGAUAACCCCCAGCUGGCCCACGUUGAGGCUGUUUGCAUCGCGUGGUUCACAAUGGAGUACAUCCUACGCUUCCUGUCCUCUCCGAAUAAGUGGAAGUUCUUCAAAGGCCCACUGAAUGUCAUUGAUUUACUGGCCAUCUUGCCCUACUAUGUGACCAUCUUCCUAACAGAGUCCAACAAGAGUGUACUACAGUUCCAAAAUGUGCGCCGUGUAGUACAAAUAUUCAGGAUCAUGAGAAUAUUGAGAAUCCUGAAGUUGGCCCGACACUCUACAGGGCUCCAGUCUCUAGGGUUCACCUUGAGAAGGAGCUACAAUGAACUGGGCUUGCUUAUAUUAUUUCUUGCCAUGGGCAUCAUGAUAUUUUCCAGCUUGGUGUUCUUUGCUGAGAAAGAUGAAGAUGCCACCAAAUUCACAAGUAUCCCUGCUUCAUUCUGGUGGGCCACCAUUACAAUGACUACAGUGGGGUAUGGUGAUAUUUACCCACAGACUUUACUUGGAAAGAUUGUUGGUGGACUCUGCUGUAUUGCCGGGGUGCUAGUCAUUGCCCUACCAAUCCCUAUUAUUGUUAACAACUUCUCAGAGUUUUAUAAGGAACAGAAAAGGCAAGAGAAAGCCAUCAAGAGGAGGGAAGCAUUGGAGAGAGCCAAGAGGAACGGCAGCAUUGUAUCAAUGAACCUAAAAGAUGCCUUUGCCCGUAGUAUGGAAAUAUUGGAUGUGGUGGUAGAGAAAGGAGAGGACAAAACUUCCCUAGACAACCACCUUACACCAAGCCGUUGGGGCGGCUCCACCCGGCACGCCACUUCAGAAAGCAGUCUUAGAUCUCCAGACAAACAAAACCUAGAGUCAGGACCUCAAAGAUCGCCACACCCUAUAACCAUCACCACCACUGGAAGUCCACACCGGAUAAGCAAGACCCCACAGCACCUCAAUGUUCAGAAACUAGAGGAAAUGUACAACCAGAUGACAAAGUCACAGUCCCUCACGAAUCUCAACACCACAAGCUCCAAGAGUACUUUGAGCACAACCAUGACUGUCACUGGAUCACCAAAGAAAUCUCUUACCCCCGACUCAACAUUAAAGGAAGAGGUGCUACUUGAGAUGAGGGAAGUCAGAGAUUAUUCGAAAGACAAUUUAGUCAGCUGUCCAACAGACUGCAUAAACCAAGGCUUUAACCAGGGUGGUGGUGAUGGUUGUUUAUGCGAGAUCAGACACUCCAGAGCUCCAACACUUUUAGAUUUUAGCCACCUGAGCUCUAGUGGUAAUGACUUCUAUCAAUCUCUCAACCCGUGUGACGGAUCAGAUUUACAUACAGAGGAAGGAGAGAGCUUUAACAGCGCUGUGGAGAUAAUUCAAGGCUCCUCAUCAGAAAAUAACCCUCUAAAAAUAAAAGGGAUGAAGGUUAACUUCAGCAAACCCUCCACUGAAGGUCCUCUUACACCGCCUAGCACCACCUCUCCUGGGGACAUCAGCUCAAGCAUUGUGGGAGAUGAAUCCCCAGCGGCAGAGACUUCACCACUCAUCCCUAGAUUGGAGGAUAUUCUCCCAGUCAGGGCUGAGGGCACCUGCAGCCUCUCCCCUAAGAGACUGGUGGUAGACACCCCACCCGGUGAUGAAGGUCAGUCCUCGGACAACCACGAGGAGAAGCAUCUUAUGGAGGAGGCAGGUGCUGCAAUUGCACCCUUGUCACCCAAAACAGCAGCACAAAAUUGCACCCAAGGCACCAACCCAGGUGGACACAAAGUAGAGAAUCACAUAUUUACAUCAUCUGACAUCCACCUGAUACCUGGAGACGGCAACCUCUCUCCAACCUGUGAAACAAGCAUGUGAGGAAGCUAGACCUAUAACAACCUCAGCCCUGGCAUGUGGGAGAGCAGCAGGAAAAGUCUGGAUGCAGUAUAACUGAAAGAUAUCCUUGCAUGGCAUGACAGGUUCUCUUUUACUUGUGUUGUUGUGUAUUGCUGAAUCAGAAACUGCGGUGCUUUAUGACGUUUUGAGAAUGAUGCUGGAGCAAACCGUGGGCCCAAAGAGAAAAAGCUCUGCAGAUAAGGGGAAUUCAUCAAAUCAUGCAGACACAAGUUCUCCUACCAUAGAAAAUGACUUUUUCUUGCAAGGGGAAUGCACAGACAAGCUAAUCUGUACAAAGCAUGCAUUUAAAAAAAAAAGACAAAUAUUUUAUGGUGCUUAGUUUGCUGAAAGCGCUCCACUGUAAAUACAAUGACAUGCAAGGCAAUGACAAUGCACAGGAUGUCAAAGGAAGGCCCAAGGUACAAACCUUUGUAAUGUGAAAAAGAAUGAUGGGGGAAUGAAUCAACAGCCAUGAAGGAGGGCGUUGGCAUCGUAGCGAUCUAUAUUAAAAAAACAAAAAAAACAUAUCAUUACCUGAUGUGGAAAUGCAAAGUGUUCCUAUGAUGAACCCUGUUAUGUUUUUUAUUUUUAUUUUCUGUUGUGCUAAACAAUGUUUCAACCUGUAAUACUGACAUUAUUGCUUUGGGUUUUCAUAGCACCUUUUCAAUGUUUGGUUUGUCAGCAUCCAGAUAUACAGUCUCUGCAUUAAAACACCUCUUUUCCUCUAAAGCACAUAACAGCUAUACUGCAGAUGCCAAAUAUGUAUAUAGUCAGUAAAAAACAGGAGCUAUAGCAGAUAUUUUUCAUACAGUUUCACCAUUUAGGGCCCGGCUUCAGAUUCUACCAAAAUCACUGCUAAGAAUUGUAUGUACUCUCUGACAACAGAUUAUAUACAUCUACAAAAAUAAAUAAAAUAUCACUUUUGUAGAUUUAGACUGGCUUCAGAAAAAAAAAAUGGCAAAAGUUCUUUAAAGGCUAAUUAGGCAAAAUGUCAAUAGUAGAGGUAAAUGCUUAAUUAUUAAUAGAGAUGCACCAAGAAAUUGGCUGUUGACUGAAAUUAGACGAUUUUUCAACUCUAAAAUCUUUUUUGAUUAGUGUAUACCUUGAACUUAGUGCUACCGGGUAAUGUUGCAAACACUGACACCUAUUUUGGUGUUGAAGCUGGGACUGAAAAAUACUCAAAGUUAGCUGUUUUCAGUAGCAGAAAGGUAAAGUCAAAGGAAGCACAGAGAUGAAGGAGGCUAAAAGGAAACUGUAUUGUCUAUUUAUGUCUAGACAUGUCUGUAGCUCAUUUAGGGUAAAAUAGAGUGAGAGAGAGCCAGACUUCAGCAAACAGAAAGAUUGAACAGAGUACAGCAAAUAUGCUCUGUUUUCUUAUUUUGAGCUUUCAGUCUCUUGUCUGUCAUGGAACAUCUUAGAUUUAGAAAUGUUGGCAGCCGUUUAAAACGGCUAGAGCUCCAGUAAGAAUCUUCAUUAUCCAGGGAAUACACACAGAGAAUGCUAUUUUAUAAAUGCUAGCUAUGCUAACUGCGGUGGUUGCUAACAGGAAUCUAAAAGCAGCUUAAAAUACCAUCUAUGUAAUCUUCUUGGCUUUGUGUUAAAAUAAUAAUAAAACCCCACUUUAUUGCAACUGCUCUCUCACAUUGCACUGUGUCGUCGCCUCUGCUUCUCAGUUUUUAAAAAAAAAGGCCGACCACGUCAGGAAGGCUUGAUAAAUAAUAUUAUAAAUGUUCUUCUGAUAUUUAAUAAUAUUGUUCUUAUUGAGAAAUCACAAUCAGCUAAAAUUGGUAUGGACAGGUAAAAAACCAGAGAUUGGAAAAUUGACACAUAAUUCUAAGCUUUGCAUUACUAAAUAUUAUGCCAAUUUAUAGGAUAUUAACUAUAACAUAAAAUGACAGUAUUCCACCUAAUACUAAUGGACCAAAUGAAACACAGUUACAGGCUUUUAUCUAUCUCAGCUGCAUCAUACUAUCUAUUAAAACAUCUUAUAACCAGAGUUGUAUUUGUUGCUUAUGGUUGGUUUGCCUGCAUUGAGUUCAUUGUCUUACCUCCCCUGCAUCCUAACGUCUCCUGAAACUUUACCCAAUUUAGCUGGUCAGUUUAUGCCAUUUUUUCUCAUAUUAUUUAUUUGUGGUGUUAUUUAUUGUGUGUUAUUCAGUCCGACAUGAACCCAAAGGAGGUUGUUUUCUCAUUUUGUCUCUCGUCUUCUUCAUGCGAUUGUUUUACACUGACUGAAAAUAUAUGUGGUAUGUUGCCUUCAACAAUUGCGAAUUUUUUUAUUUUAUUUUGUUUGCUGGAAUUGUAUACAUUGUCUCGGCAUGUCUGUAUGAGUGAGUUUGAGCCGCACAAAUCUGAACUGCAAUGAAAACAAAGGACAUGGGUGAGUUGUUUAAUGUUGUUUUUAAUUUUAUUUACUAUCACCAUGUCUUUGUUUGUUUUUUCACAGAAAGUUGUGGAAUGUGCAAUACCGCAUACUGCAAUCUAUGCAGGCCAAGAAUUGUGGCACUUUAUUUUCUGCCAAUGGGAAUUUGUAAGUGUACAGGCAGAAAUGACUUGUAUUUUUCAAAUGUUAUAUCUUUAAUAUGGGGGUGAAACAAUGUUGCAAAUACCAGAAUCUCUCAAAACAAUGCAAAUAGGAAUUAAAGGUUUGAUUUCAUAUUAUAUAGAUAAAAUGCUGUCACAAGCAUGUUAAUGCCAGGUAUCAAUGCACCUCAAAUUUGAAUAUUUGUGGGUAAAUCGAUCAAAAAUUGACCACCAGGGCCUUUUAUAUAGCUGUUAAUUAAUAUUAACCUGACCUAAUUUCAGUGGCCGCAAGCAGUAUUUUGUGUUUUUUGUGAAUUAAGAAUGAUUCUUAUUUUUCUAAACCAAAAAAACGGAGCACGACCACAAUUUCCUGCCAUACGGUGGUUGAAAGUAUGCCCGUAUUUUCAUAACAACGCUGUUUAUGAGAAGGCAGCAAGUCAUUUUGCUUUGUUCAUAUAGCACUGUACAGAAAAUUCUAAUUUUAUAGGAGAAAUCAGGUCUUUAUGUAACAAAUACAAGUAAUGUUAUUGAGUUCUCAGGUUUUCUAUAAAUCUCUGAUGUUCUCAUUGGAUAAAUGGUUUGUUCUUUAUGUUGUUAUUUUUUUUCUUUUCUUUUUAACAACUAAUGUCAAACUCUCUAUUUCUGUACUUUUUCAAAGCUGUUGUCAAACUCUUGUCGAUGUCCUGGCUCCUUUAUAAUGGAGCGACAACAUAUAUCCCUCCUCAUGGAUAAAUGUGUGCAGCACAUUCAGUAUUCACCUCCAUUAGUCUUCAGUGAUGAGCAAAGGAGUGACAAUGGGAGAGUCCAUAGCUGAUCCAUCCGUCUGACUGCAUUGUCUUGCGAAAGUGUUCAUAUCUUUUGAACAAUUUCAGCAUUUUGUCACGUUACAGCCACUAAUUUCCACGUAUUUCAUUCAUUCAUCUUCUAUACUGCUUAUUCCAUAGUGGGUCACAGAGGAGCUGUUGCCUAUCUCCAGCAGUCUAUGGGCGAGAGGCAGGGUACACCCUGGACAGAGCGCCAACAACACAUCGUGGGGCAACACACAAACAUACAGACAUACAGGACAAACAACCAUGCACAAACUUAUUCACACCUAAGGGCAAUUUCAGAGACAACAGUUAACAUGAUAGUCAUGUUGUUGGACUAUGAGAGGAAGCUGGAGUACCCGGUAAGAACCCACGCAUGCGCGGGGAGAACAUCCAAACUCCAUGCAGAAAGACCUCCGGCCAGGAGUCGAACCCAGGACCAUCUUGCAGCAAGGCAAUGGUGCUACCAACUGUGCCACCAUGCUUGGUUUUUAAAAUGUUUUACAAAAAGAAAUUAUAUAAACUGUUAGAAGUAAUUUACUCUGAUACCUCUAAAUAAUGUUCAGCAAACUGGCUCCAAAAGUCAUUUAAUUAUUAAAUACAGUCUACCUGUACGUAAAUUAAUCUCAGUAUAAGUCCAGCUGUUCUAUGAAGACCUUGGAGGUUUGUUAGAGAACAUUAGCAAACAAACAGCAUUAUGAAGACCAAAUAACAAAGCUGACAGGUCAGGGAUUAAGAUUAAGAUGUCGAGAGGUUUAGACCAGAGUUAGAUAAUAAAGCAAUAUCCCAAAGCUCUGAAGAUCUCAUUAAGCACCACUCGAUCCAAUAUCUUAAAAUAGAAAGGGUAUGGGACAACUGCAAACCUACCAGGACACUGUCUGGCAAGGAGACUCUAGAGGAGCUGCAGAGAUCCACAUUUUUAUUUUGUUUUGUUCAUGCUUUUCUUUCCACUUCACUAAUAUGUCACACUUUGUGUUGCUCUAUUACAUAAGAUCUUUAUAUAAAACAUUUCAGUUUGUGGUUGUAAUGUGCCAAAAUAUAAAAAAAUUACAAGGGGUUUGAAUACUAUUGCAGUGCAUUGUACAUUGUCUAGUGCUCCAGUCUCCACAGCUUUACAGACUUUAGCCACCCGGUGUUACUCAGCAAAGGCAAACACUGGAUUAAAGGAAAGCCGUGUGGAGAAGCAAAACUGUCCUGUUAAAUGUUUUGCAUUGCAUCGGCGAUAAAUCGGAAGUCCAUCUUUUUUCUAUGUACAACCUGUAUGCCCAACGUAGCAUAAUCAAACUCAGUAUUCAGAGAUUCACGUGACCUCAUGGAGUCAUCUUUGUGAAAUGACGAUGCCUCUUUGGAAACUUGGAUGUUUUUGGUUCCCUCCAAUGUUAAAUCCAGGGUCAAGGUUGUUUCUUUUUUUUUCUUUUAUGAAUAAAGGUUUGAUGAUUGAAGCUCUUGUUGAAGCCCUCAGUUUUCCCUUCAUCGCUUGUUUCUGGUAAUCAUGUGUCUGUGUUAGCCCCGAAUAAUCCUUCAUAAUGACAAAGUUGAAGAAACAGAGUGGAUACAAUUUGUAUGGAAAGGAAUUCUGCAGGCUGACAGCAAAAAUACCAUGCUCUGUCUUACCAUCUCAUAACAGCACAUUGUUCUGUGAUGCUGUGCAGAGUGGAAAUAAUGUCUUUAUUUUCUCUGAGAGAAUGUUUAUUGUCUGUGUCGCUCAUUUGUGCUUACCAAUCCAUUCUCCCCAAAAUGGACAAAGUUGCAUUGUUUGUUCUUAUUUAUCUCUAUAUUGAACUGUAUUGCCUCUUACAUUUAUUUUUUUUAUUUCCUUUUUUUCUCCAUACAGCUUUGAGAUGACAUUAUCAUUAGACAUAUUCUGAGCUACAGACUGUUUCUGUACAAAGUGACAUCUUUGUAUGCAUGUUGUAGUCCGAGCAAUUAUGUGACCAUAAAACAGUUUGUUAUGGUACAUGUUUGUCAACAUUUCUGUAGAGCAUUGUUCCCCAUUACAUCUACUAGCAUUAUGCAGAAUAACAAAUAAAUGUGUAUAUAACGUA